AUGCCGAUGCCCAUAAGGGUCUCGCAUAACCUUGUGCCUCGCGAUCAAGUCCUGCUGUUCUUGUCGCCUGCUAAUUUGUGAUCCGAGCGCUUGGUCAUCAUUUUUUCAGCCGUCUGUUCCCUUGCUUACUCGUCUGCUGGUUCAGCUACCGCCCACGUCAUUUGUUCCAGCAAAGGCAUAACAAAAACAAACAGAAGCUCCAUCGAGUGACCUUCUUCCUCCUUCGUUUCAAGUCAUUCUUAUCAAACCUCAAAUUCAGAUCGCCGAAGUAUUUUCGAUCUUUAAUUGCCGAACCGCAUCUCAUGCGGCCUUGAGAAAGCCUGCCUUCUACCGGCAUUUCCGCAAUUAGGUCGUGGAGUCAUUCCUAACCAGCUUACAAUUUGCGACAUGGAUGUACCGCAGCCUGUGCCUGAUGUCCCGGAUGUCGCAGAAACCGGUCAUCAACAUAACCUUGAGAUGUCUGGUCCCGGACUGGCGGCUACGGAGGAGGCAAUGGGACCUCCAGAGUUUCACAAUGGAUACAGCAGCGACUCUCGCGCUCACUACACCUCACACACUGGCGGUUUCGAUUCCCCAUCCGCACAUGUAUCUCGCAACCAAGAGAAUGAUCAGUCUCGAUUUACCGAAUCUCCGACAUUAACCCAACAACCACGCCCGCCGUCAUCAUCGAGGCCGGGUUCCGGAUUGUCUAGCGGCCCUGAACAGCGACAAGGAAUUUCGCAAGCCUCUCAAGAUGUCACUCAGAAACAACCAUCCCAACCGACGAAGAAUAGCGUGGUGAUCAAGGUUGGAAUGGUUGGGGAUGCUCAAAUUGGCAAGACAAGUUUGAUGGUCAAGUACGUGGAGGGCAGCUGGGACGAAGAUUAUAUCCAGACUUUGGGGGUAAAUUUCAUGGAAAAAACAAUCUCCAUCAGAAACACGGAGAUCACUUUCUCGAUCUGGGAUCUGGGCGGUCAACGCGAAUUCGUCAAUAUGCUUCCGCUCGUGUGCAAUGAUGCCGUCGCGAUUCUGUUUAUGUUUGACCUCACCCGCAAGAGCACAUUGAAUUCCAUCAAGGAAUGGUACCGGCAGGGCCGUGGAUUCAACAAGACAGCUAUUCCUUUCCUGGUCGGCACCAAGUAUGACCACUUUGUCAAUUUUCCUCGAGAAGAUCAAGAAGAGAUUUCCAUUCAGGCCAAGAGAUUCGCCAAGGCGAUGAAAGCGAGCUUGAUCUUCAGCAGUACCAGUCACAGCAUCAACGUGCAAAAGAUAUUUAAGAUUGUCCUUGCCAAAGCCUUUGAUCUGAAAUGCACCAUUCCCGAGAUCGAAAACAUUGGCGAGCCUCUCUUACUCUAUAAGAACGUUUGAACAUAAUGACGGCAACACAGAAGUGGUACGAUUGUCAUGUAUAUUGGGAUGAAGUGAUGUUGACAACGACCUGAAAUAC